GCCCGGUACUGGAGUCGUGGCUUGAGGCGCAGGCGCGGUGGACUCAGCCCGCCCCGGGCCUCGGCUUGCUGUGGACUCGUCAUGGCGACUGAGCAAAGGCCUUUCCACCUGGUGGUGUUCGGCGCCUCUGGCUUCACCGGCCAGUUCGUGACCGAGGAGGUAGCCCGGGAGCAGGUGGCCCGGGAUCGGAGCUCCCCGCUGCCGUGGGCGGUGGCGGGCCGCUCCCGGGAGAAGCUGCAGCGAGUGCUGGAGAAGGCUGCACUGAAGCUGGGAAGACCGACACUGCCAUCUGAAGUUGGAGUAAUAAUUUGUGAUAUCACUAACCCAGCCUCACUGGAUGAAAUGGCUAAACAGGCAACAGUUGUCCUCAAUUGCGUAGGACCUUAUCGAUUUUAUGGAGAACCUGUAGUAAAAGCAUGUGUUGAAAAUGGAACUAGCUGUAUUGACAUCUGUGGAGAACCUGAGUUUCUGGAACUAAUGUGUUUGAAGUAUCAUGAGAAAGCUGCUGAAAAAGGGGUUUAUAUCAUUGGAAGCAGUGGCUUUGACUCCAUUCCAGCAGAUCUGGGAGUAAUAUAUACCAGAAAUCAAAUGAACGGUACUUUGACUGCUGUGGAAAGUUUCCUUACUGUACAUUCAGGACCUGAGGGAUUGUGUAUUCAUGAUGGUACCUGGAAGUCAGCAAUUUAUGGUUUUGGAGCUCGGAGUAAUUUGAGAAAACUAAGAAGUGCAUCAAAUCUGAAACCUGUCCCACUCAUUGGUACAAAAUUGAAAAAAAGGUGGCCUGUUUCUUAUUGUAGAGAACUCAACACAUAUUCCAUUCCUUUCUUGGGAUCUGAUAUGUCUGUUGUGAAGCGGACUCAACGUUACUUGUAUGAAGUUUUAGAGGAAUCACCAGUUCAAUAUGCUGCUUAUAUAACUGUGGGAGGCAUCACCUCUGUUAUUAAGCUGAUGUUUGCAGGACUUUUCUUUUUAUUUUUUGUGAGGUUUGGCAUUGGAAGGCAUCUUCUCAUAAAAUUCCCAUGGCUCUUCUCCUUUGGUUAUUUUUCCAAACAAGGUCCAACACAAAAACAGAUGGAUGGCUCAUCAUUUACAUUGACAUUCUUUGGUCAAGGAUACAAACAAGGCCUUUCUACUGAUAAGCUCAAACCAAAUAUCAGAAUUUGUACUCAGGUGAAAGGACCAGAGGCUGGCUAUGUGACUACCCCCAUAGCCAUGGUUCAGGCAGCCAUGACUCUUCUAAACGAUGUCUCUGAUCUUCCUAAGGCGGGCGGUGUCUUCACACCUGGAGCAGCUUUCUCCAAAACAAAAUUGAUUGACAGACUCGGCCAACAUGGUAUUGAAUUUAGUGUCAUUAGCAGCUCUGAAGUCUAAACAUUUGAAGAAUUAGCUGAAGUCAUAAAAUGCAUGAUUAACAACUUCUGUAUUUGAUAUUUGAAAUUCUUCUAUAAACCUAUCUGACUGUAUAUGGAAAAGAUUGUCAAAUCUAAAUACCUACACAUUAAAGGCAGGAAAUUGUACUAGCUUACUCUAACUUUCAAAUCUCAGCUGAUUUAUGAUUUUCUUGCUUGUGAAAGAAAACUAAUAUUUGACUGACUUUUUCAUUGAAAUGUUCUUGGUAAAUUUUAUGAAUGUGCUGGCAGGUCAGAUGGUGGAGGAAGUGUCCUUGUCUGUGUUGCUAACUGCAUUCCUAGUGAGGAUUGCUGGGGCUGGCUUUCAGCCAGGGCAGUAACUGCUGCCUUGCUUGCUAUGGUGUUGAAUGGAAUCUCACCCUCCAGUGAGUUUCUCUGCAUAUUGUGUGAGAUUUUGCUAAAUUAAACUGCACUUUUUUUCUAUUUUAGCAUAGUUUUUCACCCAUCUACACUGAUUUUGGACUGUUUACCUAAGUUGAAUAAUAAAGGAUUUUCAAUUGAA